AUGCACCUUCUACGACGCAACGACCAUGGCAGAUACGUCCUGCAAGAAUUCAUGGGCGAAACCAUUCCCCGUUACGCCAUCUUGUCUCACACCUGGGGACCAGACAACGACGAAGUCACAUUCGCAGAUCUUGACAAAGAAACAAGCACAUAUACUUCCAAGCCAGGCUACAAGAAGCUACAGUUCUGUGCAGAUCAGGCUGCUCGAAAUGGUCUAUGCUAUUUCUGGGUAGACACCUGCUGCAUCGACAAAUCGAGCAGUGCAGAGCUCACCGAAGCGAUCAACUCCAUGUUUGCCUGGUAUCGCGACGCUGCUCGAUGCUACGUCUAUCUUGCUGACGUUUCAGCCGGCACCCCAAUUAGUAGAUCAUCAGACCAACAAGAAUGGUGCCCUGCUUUCCAGCAAAGCAGAUGGAUGACAAGAGGGUGGACGCUCCAAGAGUUAUUGGCUCCCACAUCGGUUGAAUUCUUCUCAGUCGAGGGCCAGCGACUUGGUAGCAAAUACUCGCUUUUGCAAGAACUUCGCAGCAUCACUGGAAUAAGCAUCGAAGCUCUUCAAGGGAGUCCGUUGGACGGAUUCAGUGUUGAAGAGCGCCUGUCGUGGGUGGGGCAACGGCAGACGAAGCGCGCAGAAGACAUGGCAUACUCACUGCUGGGUAUAUUCAAUGUGCAUAUGUCACUUAUAUACGGGGAAGGUCGGAGGAACGCCUUUGCCCGACUGCGCAGGGAGAUUAACUUAUCCACAAGUGGAGGUCCUUUGGACAAACCUCCAAGCGACAUGCCGAACUACCAAAACCAAGCUUCGAUGACGUACAAUGCGCCUGUAUUCAAUGGGCCCAUAUCAGGGCAUUAUGUGGUACCAGGGACUCAUGUCACGGGCGGUACUGUGAACAUUAACUUUGGAGAAGAACGCAGUGUUCGCCACUGA